AUGGGUUUGUCUCGCAGAAAUCAGAAAUUAGAGAGCAGGGGUUACCUCAACGAUGGAACGGAACAGAACAGAGGUGGAAGAUUCGGUGGAAUCGUAAACCGCCCGCGGACUCCGUUGUCGUUGCAGAUCUCUUACAACGAUCCCUCCUCUCAAUCUUCUUCUUAUGUUGCUGCUGCAUCUCCUUCCGCUAUCCAGUACCAAAACUUCCUCCCUCAACACCACCACCACCACGCCGUCGCCGCCCCGUCCUCUGUGGCCUUCAAUUUCGACGACCGGCGGCUCGACUUCGUGGACCUGUCCCUCGGGAGCUCGAGCGAUGCGGAUCCCGAUCUCCACCGCGGAGCUGGACCGUCUUCGACGGCGAUGCCGAUAGAGAAGGAGCACAUGUUCGACAAAGUGGUGACGCCGAGCGACGUCGGGAAGCUGAAUCGACUGGUGAUACCGAAGCAGCACGCGGAGAUGUGA